AUGCAGCAAGAUAAAUGUUCUCCAUUUUAUUCAAUUCCUCGAUUUGGAGAAAAUGAACCUGAAAAACCAAAAGCAGAUCUUCUUGAACAGGAAAAAAAUAAUGCAUAUAUCAAAUCGGUUUAUGACGCAACAAUGGCAGUUUUUGAGAGCGAUAAGAGUCCGAAGAGAAUUUUGGAGAAGAAGGAAUAUUCGACGGUGUUUCCAAAAUUAUUGAUAACAAAAACUGGGUGAGGUUUGGAGAUUUCUCAAAAAAAAAUUUUAAAAAAUAUUUUUAGAUAUCAAGUUGUUGAAAUUUUGAACUGUUUUGAUCCAAAUGGUUAUUUACCAGCGAUGGCUCGUGUUGAAAGCGUCGAGACAGAUAAAUUGUAUUUUGCAAAGGUUCAGAUGCGAAAACCGAUUGAGAAAGUUUCUGGAACAGAUCAUAAUAUCUUACUUGUGAGUUUUGUAGAUUCUGGAUGAUCUACAGUAUCUGAAACUUAUCUACAGUACCAGAAGCUUCUCUACAGUUUCUUGAUCUACAAAACCCAUCCACAGUACCUGGAAUAUUGAUUUUUCAGCGAGAACUCUAUGUAUUAGGAAAUUGGAUAGAUAAACCAAAAGAAGAAACAAAAUACCUGACAAAAUUAGCUGAUUGUGGUUUUGAUGAUAAUUUCCGAUUCAUUUUAAUAGAAGAUGCUUUCACUAAUUUGAAAAUUCUCCAAAAUUCAAGGAAUAAAAUGCCGUGGGUUUUUGCCAAUUUGUUAGAAAAAUUAUCCUAAAUUCCAAUUUUCCAGAAGAAAUUUUGUAUUUCUACUAACUUAUCACUCAUUUCAAGCAGUCAAACAACUUCAUCAAGCUCAUUUUAUGCAUUGUGAUCUACAUCCAGCUUGUUUCACAAUUUCGCCGCCAUUUUCAUUGAAAAUCAAGAAUUUUUAUCGGGCAAGUUUUACGACGAGCACAAGGUUGGCUGAGAUUUUUGUGAAAUCUUAAAAUUUGAAGAAAAAUUCCAGAAAUUUGGUGAUCAAAAAGCUUCGAACAACUGCAUUUUCUUCUCGAAAAGCGUAUAAAAUUGGAGAAAAAUUGGAAUUACUUGAUGAUUAUGAGAAUUGGUUUCAUGUGGUAAGCUUGAUCUCCUUUUUUGAAAACCAUUUUUCUUCUUUAUCCCCAACAUUUUCCCGUCAUACCAAAAAUGGGAUAUGGCCGAGAGGCUUGCACUUUUGCCUGCAAUGCAUGACACCAGGGUUCGAAUCCUCCUCCCCGCGAAACUUUUUUUUUCUUAUUUUUUCCCUAAAAUUUUCAGAUAAUGCAUGCAACUUGUAAAAAUGGAUUACCCUGGAAAGAAGAGACUGCUGAUUUGCAAGCGAAGGAAAAAUUCUAUGAACUUCUAGAUGCUGAUUGGUUCGGUUCAGCGGAUAUGUUAUGUCUGAUCCCACACCUUCUGAAGAAAUAUAGAUCAGUGAGAAAAUUUGAAAGUGCAGUUGAUGAACUCUUUUCAAUCAAUGUUAAAAUGUUUGACAAAAAUGAAGCACCGGAUUGGGGUUUCUUUGUACCGGUAAGAAUUUGGAUUUGAAAAAAAUAUAAUAAAUCGAAAAUAUAAAAUUAUAGGAGGAGAAACCGAAAAAAUCCACGAGAAAGAAAAAAAUUGGUGACAGAGGAAGGAACAAUGGAAAAAACCAACAUCGAAGCGGAGAAGCAGGGAAAACGAAAACCGAAGAGACCGAUGUGAAAAUCUAUGGUUUGGCCUCUGAUUAG